CUGCUUUCACUUUGCGCAUCAGUCGGAUGAGGCGCAGAGUAACAGGAGGCUGCACCAAGAUCUUUUUUUUUCAUCAUGCACAUUGCUUUUUGUUACUUUUUUCUCUGAGUAGGUUGCAGGAAGUAUAGUUUAAGCUUUGACUGUACAAUUAAUAAUAAUAAUAAUAAUAAUAAUAAUAAUAAUAAUAAUAAUAAUAAUAAAUUUUAAAACCCAGAGCAUCAGACAAUUAAUUGUAUUAGAUUAAUUUUUUUAAUAUAGGCCAAUAGAGUCACUGGCAUUAACUGGCAGCAACUGUCGCGCGGACGUCGGGAAUCUCACGGACAAAAUGCGCGCACGACAACUCGACACGGUAUUUUACGCGUGCGCGCAACUGUGUUUAUUAAGCUGCGUCCUCCAGAGCGCACGGUGUCAGCGGGAUUCGGCGCCUCUCAGGCGGACCAUCCAGUGGCAGCACGACGGGAGACUCUUCAGCAUCCUGAGUCAGGGCGCGCAGUACGUGCCUCCGUUAAGGAGAAGCGCAAACGGAGAUGGAGAGCAGCGGCAGCAGCAGCAGCAGGAGCAAGAGCAGCGGCGGCAGCAGUCUCCGGUCAGACCCUUAACCGUGAUCAGCAGCAGCCAUGCGAGACACAGCCAGCCGUCUGGUCCUUCCGCGCCGUCGCGCUGGUUGCCACUCAGACGCGCCGGUGCGCCUCGCGGCCGCGUAAACGACACCGCGCGCACGGCUCCGGGUCCGAGGUCGGGUCCGUCUCCAUCAGCGCCGCCUCCGAGGGCGCGAGAGGACGCCAUGGUCGGAGACGAUCCUUACAAUCCGUACAAGUACAGCGAGCAGGACAACCCGUACUACAACUACUAUGACGCGUACGAAAGACCAAGACCGAGACAGAGACCCGGAUACGGAACAAGUUACUUUCAGCACGGUUUGCCUGACCUCGUGCCAGAUCCGUACUACAUUCAGGCCUCCAUCUAUGUGCAAAGGGUGCCGAUGUAUAACCUCCGAUGUGCUGCAGAGGAAAACUGCCUUGCCAGCUCGGCGUACAGGUCGAGAGAUUAUGAUACACGAAUGCUGCUGCGCUUCCCACAGCGUGUCAAGAACCAGGGCACAUCUGACUUCCUGCCUAACCGGCCACGCUAUUCCUGGGAGUGGCACAGCUGCCAUCAGCACUUUCACAGCAUGGAUGAGUUCAGUCAUUACGAGCUACUGGAUGCCAGCACUCACUCCCGUAUGGCUGAGGGACACAAGGCCAGCUUCUGCCUGGAGGACACAUCCUGCGACUAUGGAUACUACAGACGCUUUGCUUGUACCUCUCACACACAGGGCCUGAGCCCAGGAUGUUACGACACUUACAACGCCGACAUCGACUGUCAGUGGAUCGACAUUACAGACGUGAAACCUGGGAAUUACAUCCUCAAGAUCGCCGUUAACCCCAAUUAUCAGGUUCCAGAGUCUGAUUACACCAACAACAUUGUACGGUGUGACCUUCGCUACACCGGCAACUACGUCUACGCUUCAGGAUGUCAGUUGUCACCGUAUUAAAACACGUCCAGGCCGACUUCACAAACCAGGACAGACCGAGGCGACUUAGUCAUCCUAAAGAAAAGUAGUGUUUUUCCACACUAAGACUGAAUAUGAUAUUUCUGAUACAAUCAUUUUGAAACUUAGUGCAUAUUACAAGAUCAAGCUUGGGUACAGUUCUGUCUUGGGUUUUGGGUUUUUUUUUUCCAUUUUGUCGAAUAAAUUGAUAUUUCAUGUAAGAUGAUAGACAUAUUUUAAUAAAGAUUAUAAAAUGUUUACCAAAAAAAAUGUAUGUUCCAGCUGAAGAUAAAAUGGUCAUUGUAGUAGAAACUGCAGUUUAUUCACCUAUAGGGCCAUGUUUAACUCAGCUUCACAGUGACAUAGAGUAAAGGUUCAGUCUGAUCACGCUGGACAACAAUCAGCUCUUUGAGGAUGUCGGUGACGCUAUAUUUCUUUAUUCUGAGAACUUAUUUAACAAAAAGCUCAUAUUACUGCAAGAUAUGUAUUACACAAAAAUGACUUGAAUAAAUCAGUGUUCAUUCUCUGA